AGCGAACUACUUUGUUGUUAUGAAGGUAUAUGGUAUUAUCGGCUUCAUGUGGACAAAUUACAAGGGUUGAUAAUUUCAUCACUGGCUGUCUUUAUAUUUACAUUUAUACUACUGUUAUUUUUUUCUGUAUCAUUCUUUAUUCUAUAUAUUCUUGUUGAAUGAGUGUUGAUCAUCAUUAUCAGAGCAGCUGAAAAGCUUCUGUCAAUAGAUACUGUUUUCAGUGGGUGGAUGGAUUGUUUUUUAACUCAGUAAGUGAUUCUGUGAAGCUCCUCCUCCUGCAAUUCACCAACAAAUGCUGGAAUAUUCCCAUCAGCUACGAGUGAAGACGAGCGUCAAACCAUCAGGAAGAGCUGAAAUCUGCAAACACAGAGUUUACUGAAGGACAGUGAGAACAUGAGAGGUCCAGAACACUGCAGAAUGAAACACACUGAAGAACAAAGAGUUGCGAUGCUGAAGAAUGAGGAGAGUGAAGAGGAGGAGAAAUAUCAUGUCAAAACUUGCCCACAGACUGAGAGUUUUUCCUUAGUGAAAAGACGAGAAAAUAACUUUUUUACCUGCCAUCAGUGUGGAAAAAGUUUCACAUUCAAAAAGAGUCUCAAAAUUCACAUGAACAUCCACUCUGGAGAGAAACCAUACGAAUGUGACCAAUGUGGCAGAAUAUUUUCGAGGGCUACAGGCCUGAAGAGCCACAUGUUAGUUCAUUCACAGGAGAAACCACAUUCAUGUUCUUUGUGUGGAAAGAGUUUUAAAUACAAACAAAGUCUCGAGGUUCACAUGAGGAUCCACACUGGAGAGAAACCGUUCACAUGUGGUCAGUGUGGGAAGAGUUUUAGACACCAAAAGAGUCUCAAAAUUCACAUGAGGAUCCACACUGGAGAAAAACCUUUCACAUGUGGCCAGUGUGGGAAGAGUUUCACACACCACAAAAAUGUCAAGGUUCACAUGAGGAUCCACACUGGAGAGAAACCGUUCACAUGUGAUCAGUGUGGGAAGAGUUUUGUAGAAAAGGGAACCCUUAAGAAUCACAUGAUCAUCCACACUGGAGAGAAACCGCACGAAUGUGAUCAAUGUGGCAAAACAUUUGUGAAUGCUUCAGCUCUGAAGAGACACCUGAAAUAUCAUUCAAAGGUGAAACCACAUUCAUGUUCUUUGUGUGAAAAGAGUUUUUAUGAUCUGCCAAAUUUAAAGGUUCAUCAGAAAAUACAUACUGGUGAAAAAAUACAUGUGUGCUUUGAGUGUGGGAAGAGUUUUAUUACAACUGCAGAUUUGAAACGGCACCAGAGGAUCCACACUGGAGAGAAACCGUACAAGUGUUCACACUGCGAUAAGAGAUUCAACCAGUCGGGACAUCUGAAACAACACGAGAGGAUCCACACUGGAGAGAAACCGUAUCACUGCACUCCAUGUGGGAAGAGUUUCACUCAAGCAUUUUCUCUACACAGUCAUAUAAAAAACAAUCACAACAAGAAAUAUUUCACUUGCCAUGAGUGUGGAAAGAAUUUUACACAAAAACAGAAUCUCAAUAUUCACAUGAAGAUCCACACCGGAGAGAAACCGUUCACAUGCGAUCAGUGCGGGAAGAGUUUUGCACAUAAAGGGAACCUUCAGACACACAUGAAGAUCCACACCGGAGAGAAACUGUUCACAUGUGAUCAAUGUGGGAAGAGUUUUACACAUCAAGCGAACCUUCAGACACACAUGAACAUCCACACCGGAGAGAAACCGUUCACAUGUGAUCAAUGUGGAAAGAGUUUUGCACAUCAAGCGAACCUUCAGAGACACAAGAUCAUCCACACUGGAGAGAAACCGUUCACAUGUGAUCAGUGUGGAAAGAGUUUCAAACACAAACAUCAUUUCAAGGUUCACAUGAGGAUCCACACUGGAGAGAAACCGUUCACAUGUGAUCAGUGUGGGAAGAGUUUCACACAUCAAGCGAACCUUAAGGAACACAUGAAAAUCCACACUGGAGAGAAACUGCACGAAUGUGAUCAAUGUGACAAAACAUUUGUGAGUGCUUCAGCUCUGAAGAGACACCUCCCAGUUCAUUCACAGGAGAAACCACAUAUAUGUUCUGUGUGUGGAAAGCGGUUUUCACAUCUGCAGAGUUUAAAAUUUCAUCAGAGAAUACAUACUGGUGAAGAACUAAGUAUGUGCUUUGAAUGUGGGAAGAGUUUUAUUACAACUGCAUGUUUGAAACGGCACGAGAGGAUCCACACUGGAGAGAAACCUUACAAGUGUUCACACUGCGACAAGAGAUUCAACCAUUCAGGAUAUCUGAAACAACACGAGAGGAUCCACACCGGAGAGAAACCGUAUCACUGCACUGUGUGUGGGAAGAGUUUCAGCCAAUCAUCUUCUCUAAACACGCAUACAAAAAACAGUCACACUGGGCGUCCACAGUGAGCGACAGGACAAAGAAAACCCAUUUAAGUUUGUCACCGUGAAUAAAGUUCAUCUUCAAGACCAGUGGAUUUAGUGGUGAUACUCAGAACACCUCAAAAGAUGUACUUGAUGUUUAUUAUUAUUUUGCUUCCUGAUUUAAAUUAAAAAUCAUUAUGAGUUUC